AUGAAGCUUUCAUCCAUUUUCGCUGCUUUCGGUAUCUGUGCCAUUGCUAGUUCGACUGUGCUUUCUCAAGCUGACCAAGAUGCUGCAGCAGAGUUAGUCAGACGCGGUGGUUAUGAUUAUGAUGAUUACGAUCACCAUGAUGAUUACGAUCACCAUGACGAUUACGACUACGAUAAGUACCCCGAGAAGUUCACUUUGGGCGUCAAAGUCAAGGGCAAGAUUUUCUUGUCUUUCUUGUUGGAUGAUGGUCAGUUUGAGUUUGACCAUAAGAAAAUCCCAUGGUCAAAGCCAUGUGAUUAUGACUACGAUGACUAUGAUCACCAUGAUAAGAAAAAAGGUAAGGAUGACAAGUGGAAACGUGGUGGUGACGAUGACUAUGACUACGAUGACUAUGACUACGAUGACUAUGACUACGAUGAUGAUUAUGACUAUGACUACAAGAAGCACUACCCAUUGAGUAUUGACUACUAUCCUGGUUUGGUUUGGUACACUUUGAAAGAUACCGUCUUGAAGGACAACAAAGGCAGAACUGGUGAGAUCGUGGCUAACCACCAAUUCCAAUUCGAUGAUCCGCCACAGGUUGACGCUCUAUUCACCAAAGGCUGGUCCAUUGAAUACGAGGAUGGCCUCAAAUUGUUGGCAUUGAACGGCAAGACUACAUUCUGGGACUCUGCUGUCGACGACACGUUUUACAAAGUUUACGAUAAACCCAUCACUGAGUUUUCCAGAAAGAUUGAAUUGGUUGUCAUCAAGAUCAAUUUCAAGAAAUGGUAG